GUUGGUGACAUUUUCUGCGCAGGAGGAACUGCAGCUUCAACCAGGCAAACAAACUGUCAGGAAGAUUUGUGCGCGUCGUACUCGGCGUUCACGUUCACCUCGUGCACCAAUGUGUGCAGGACGGGCACCAGGAGUGGUGUCAGGAGUUGUAUCACAUCAGGGAAUGUCCCUGCUGGAUGUUUAACAAAACAAGAAUCUUGUUUCGAUGAAGUCGCGUGUGUACCAUCAUGGAGUGAUUGGUCACCAUGGGGGUCGUGUGGGGGGGUGGAAUGUACGUCUGCAACAAGUACGAGGACGAGGACAUGUCCCGAUGCCUUGCUGACCAAACCGUGCCAAGGCCAACCAUCAGAAGAUGAGAAUUGUUUGUCUGCUUGUCCUUCAGCAGCUUGGAGUGCAUGGGUCCCAGGUCCAUGCAUGGGACCCGAUAUAUCGUGCUCGCCUGGGACCCGUACUGAAACACGAACAUGUAGGAGUCGAGGGAAUGUCGUUGGUGAUGUUUUCUGCGCAGGAGGAACUGCAGCUUCAGCCAGGCAAACAAACUGUCAGGAAGAUUUAUGUGUGUCGUACUCGGCGUUCACGUUCACUUCGUGCACCAAUGUGUGCAGGUCGGGCACCAGGAGUGGUGUCAGGAGUUGUAUCGCAUCAGGGAAUGUCCCUGCUGGAUGUUUAACAAAACAAGAAUCUUGUUUCGAUGAAGUUGCGUGUGGGACCAUCGACCUAAUGUUUGUAUUGGAUGGCAUGCAGUCUGUGACAUCACAAAACUUCAUUGGCAUCAAGAACUGGAUGCAAAGUUUUAUUCCGAGGUUGAAUUUGCAAGAUGGGAAAAUCAGAUUUGGAUUGGAUCGCUAUACCGGCACUGUGGUCACUGAUAUCGAGUUGGGGGAAUCCCAGAACCUACCACAGAUCAACAAUGUUAUUUCCUCGCUUCCUUUCACAACCCAAUCCACAAAAACCACGCUGUCAAUCACUUCAACAAUCAACAACAACUUUAACUCAGUCGGAAGUCGAUUCCCGGCAUCCAGGAGGUUGGUGGUCGUUGUCACCGAUGGACUUGCUCAAGAAACAAUGAGCGAUGUCAACACAUUGGUACAACUCGCGCAAACUAACAAAGUUGAAAUAAUUUCUGUUGCUGUUGGUCCGUUUGCCAACCUUGCUACUCUUGGAGUAAUAACCGGAGAUCCAACGUUCGGAAAUAUAUUUCAAGCCCGUACUUUUAAUCUGAAUUCAAUUUCAACCCCUCUGUUCAACAAACUGUUUAACCCAUGAAACUGUUGGCUUCAUUUGUUUGGAUCUAAUUUAUCAUUUGCACAAAAUCUUUGUUAAUUUCAUUGUUUUGUUACUUGUUUUAUUUUUGAAUAAACUGAACUGUUC